UGCCAUGGCCAGCUCCUCGGACAGCGAAGAUGAUGGUUUCAUGGCCGUGGACCCCGAAGACGCCGCGGUCGAAGGGACGAUGGAGCAAGACGACGAGCCUCACGCCGAGCUGGAGCUGCAGGAGAGCAGGCACAACAGAUCCAUGCUGGAGCUCCCAGAGGAGGUUCUGGAAUACAUCCUCUCCUUCCUCUCGCCCUACCAGGAGCACAAAACCGCCGCCCUUGUCUGCAAACAGUGGUAUCGGCUGAUCAAAGGUGUGGCCCACCAGUGCUACCACGGCUUUAUCAAAGCGGUGCACGAAGGAAAUAUCCAGUGGGAGAGCCGCACUUACCCCUAUCCCGGGACCCCCAUCACGCAACGCUUCUCGCACAGUGCGUGCUACUAUGACGCUAAUCAGUCCAUGUACGUGUUUGGGGGCUGCACGCAGAGCAGUUGCAAUGCUGCGUUCAACGAUCUCUGGAGGCUUGACCUGAAUAGCAAAGAGUGGAUCCGGCCCCUGGCGUCAGGUUCCUACCCCUCGCCCAAGGCUGGGGCCACCUUGGUCGUCUACAAGGACCUGCUCGUGCUCUUCGGCGGGUGGACGCGGCCCAGCCCUUACCCCCUGCACCAGCCCGAGAGGUUCUUCGAUGAAAUCCACACCUACUCGCCCUCCAAAAACUGGUGGAACUGCAUCGUCACCACCCACGGCCCCCCUCCCAUGGCGGGACACUCCUCCUGUGUCAUCGAAGACAAAAUGAUCGUCUUCGGGGGCUCGCUGGGCUCUCGGCAAAUGAGCAACGACGUGUGGGUGCUGGAUCUCGAGCAGUGGGCCUGGUCCAAGCCCAGCAUCUCCGGGCCCAGCCCUCACCCGCGAGGCGGCCAGUCUCAGAUUGUAAUAGAUGACGAAACCAUCUUAAUCCUCGGCGGCUGCGGUGGCCCCAACGCACUCUUCAAGGACGCCUGGCUGCUGCACAUGCGGACGAACCCCUGGACGUGGCAGGCGCUCAAGGUGGAGAACGAGGACCACGGCGCGCCGGAGCUGUGGUGCCAUCCCGCUUGCAGGGUGGGACAGUGCGUCGUGGUCUUCAGCCAGGCGCCCAGCGGCCGCGCUCCGCUGAGCCCCAGCUUGAACUCCCGGCCGUCUCCCAUCAGCGCCACGCCGCCCGCGCUGGUGCCCGACACGCGCGAGUACCGCUCGCAGUCCCCCGUGCGGAGCGCCGACGAGGCUCCCUGCGUCAACGGCCGCUGGGGCAACCUGGGCCCCAGGCCGCCCUCGGCGCCGGGCGACGCGCACUCCCUGCCGGCCAUCGCGCGCCGCCUGGGCCACCACCCUCCGCAGUCCCUCAACGUGGGCAAGCCCCUGUACCAGAGCAUGAACUGCAAGCCCAUGCAGAUGUACGUGCUGGACAUCAAAGAGACCAAGGAGAAGGGCCGCGUCAAGUGGAAGGUGUUCAGCAGCAGCGCCGUGGUGGGGCCGCCCGAGACCAGUUUACACACGGUGGUGCAAGGCAGAGGGGAGCUCAUCAUUUUCGGGGGCCUCAUGGACAAGAAACAGAACGUGAAGUACUAUCCCAAAACCAAUGCCUUGUACUUUGUGCGAGCAAAGAGAUAAUG